GCUGCUCCUGAAACACACCCGAAGGCCACUCAAGUGGCAAUCAGACAGAACUUCUUCAAGAUUGACAAGAAGACGAGAAGUACCUUACCUGCCCGGUAUUUCAAUGUUGCCGGCCGAGCGAACAAAAGAAAUGUGACCCUUUCCGACUGGACGUAUUUCGAAAACCUUCUCGAGAAGCAGUCCUUAGUGGAUUCCGACUUCCAUGGCCACCGUCCUGCUGUCAAGAUCCAGGCUACCAAGAUCAGGGGCACACAGGCGGAGGAGGAGGAGGAGGAGGAGGAGAACAAGAAGAGGAAGGACGAGUUGAGCAAAACGAUUGUUUCAUCAUCAACCUUUGUUUCUCAGCAGCAGCAGCAGCAGCAGCAGCAGCAGCAGAAGCUAGCACAGGCCUUCGGGUUAUCAGCCUGCUCGGGGUUUGUGACAUUGCCGUCAUUUGCCUUUGUCAAGGCUGCCUCUACCCACGUCGGCAACUCGACUGCCAUUGCCACUCACAACGGCGACCAACACCUCCCUUACAGCCAGAAUAUCCCCUCUCCGGUGAGUCCGGCCUCAACGCCGAGACUCCCAUCAAGGGGAUUGAGGGCUACAAGGACUACGCGUGACAAGACCAAGUCCCUUCGUGGUCAGCGGCCCUGCCAAGCACACAAGAUUCUCGAAAACUACAAGCCUGGCGACAUUGUCAUUGUGCAUGAUUACAACAUGACGCUAGAGAGCUGA